CACCCCUACUAAACUAGGAUACGAGAGGAUCGAUGUCUCGCUGUCGACAACGCUACUCGCUUCGUCUCAGUCAGGGUGAUCUGUUGCCAACUGUCCACGGGUCAAUGAUUUCUCUUAGUAGUAUUCGUUGCUGCUGAUCGCUGCAAUUUGGCCAAAAGCACAGAAAACCCACGCCUCGGCAACUUUCUGUGUCACUGCAUCGUUCAAUGAUUGCGACACUACAUAUGCAGCUAGAAUCCCAGUGGGCUUGUCCCUGAUCCGAAGGCGUGGACACUUUCAUAGCACCCGUAUUCAAUUGAACUCUCCCUCCCUGAAUACCCCCGCCUGAACUGUUGACCGAUCGGAAAUGGCGUCUCAUCCCAUAUCCGCCUCCCCCUUGUUGCAGGCGGUGUCAUCCAUAGCUCUUGAGAAAGGUACACGAGACCGAUUCGUGGCAAAUAUCUCUCCGGAUUGGUGUACACAACACUCUGUACUGGGUGGCUACCUGAAUGCAUUGAUGCUUUCCGCCGCCCAAAAGUUGAACGCCCUUGAGUUUGGAGAAGAACGGUUCCCCGAUCCCAUCCAUGUCUUCGUGCAGUUUCUGCACAUGGUCCCGCCUGGACAGGUGGUGGUGACCUGCAAACACCUCCGGGUCUCUUCCCGGCAGUGCGUGGUAAGGGUAGAAGUAGCAAGACCCGCAGCCUCAGGAAAACCAAGUUCUCCUGCUACCGUGGGUAUUGUUACGUGCGCCAACAUCUCGAAAGAGGAAGGCCUUACGCAACACAGUAAGCCGGCUUUCGCUGUCCCACUUCCAGACCGACAUACCGAGUGUGUCAAGAUUGAUGAUCCCGUGGUCGAUUCAACUCCAGUGACGAGUAAACUGAACUGGGUUUCACCAAAAGCAGCCAAUGGCCUUUGGGGACACCGUGUUGGGGGUCAUCACCGCGAGGUAUGGGUGUCAUUCCGUGAUGGCUCUAAUAUCUCCGACCAUCUUCAUCUGGCUUUGUUGUCAGACAUGCCCUUGCAACCUGCUGCAACGCACCAAGCAGGGUUCUACUUCAAGUAUGCGUUAUCCACGCUGUGUAUGACAGUGGAAUUCAAAAAGCGUCCAGAUCCAUCUACGCAGUGGGUCAUGAUUCGAUCAAACUCGCAUUUGGUUGCCAAUGGCCGGUACGACGUCAACAUCCAGAUUCUCGAUGAAGAAGGUAAUAUCCUCGCGUUGAGUAACCAUGUAGUAUAUGUUUCGGAGCUUCGAGCCCGUGCCAAGGGAGCCAAAAUAUGA